AUGACCCAACUCCCACAUACGGAUUAUAGGCCUCAGCUGCCACAGACGGAUUAUAGGCCUCAGCUCCCACAGAUAGAUUAUAGUUCCCAGUCCCCAAAAACAUUUUUGAGGACAAGUGGAGGUCACGACUCGAAUGCGAGUGAUUUUCACGCCUUGUCUGCCCCUCAUCAGCCGAGAUGGGGAAAAGAGACGUAUCUGCAGCGGUUGGUCAACAAAUAUAGAGAAGAUCCUGCAAACCAUAAGGAUGUUUUAAAUGUAUGGGACGAAAGUCAACCUAGAAGAAAAGGAAAGAAGAAGGGUGCUACCUAUAGGAUAGGAGCAUCAGAUAUACAUUUGUUGGUUUUAGGGACAUCAUCUUCCCAUUCCGCCCAGUCCACCCACUCAGACAGCACGCAACAAGAGGUAUCUUGA